AUGAACUACUCUACAGUGUUAUUGAUUGGAUUAGUAGUAUCUAUCAAUGGAGCUAUUACUUAUAAGAUUGGUACUGAAUUAUGUUCCUGUAAUAAAUUUUCAACAAAUAUUGAAUGUGCUUAUGUCUCAAAUAGGUGUGAAUGGGUAUCAAAUGCUUGUUAAGAUAUUGAUUGUACAACUAAAACUACAAUUGGAGAUUGUAAUAAAAAUGGAUGUGCUCUCACAACAGCAAGCAAAUGUGAAAAGAAGGCAGCUUGUGCUUCUUAUAAAUACGAUUCUAUACUUAGUUGUUUGAGCAUUGGUUGUGACGCAGAUGUAAAAGGAACAGAUAAUUUAUAUCCUUGCAAAGAUCUGGUGCUUCCUAUUUUAAAUCUUACAAAAGAUUGUGCAACUUACAUAAUUGAUACAGAAUGUGUACUUUCUGGUUGCUAUUGGAAUGAUAAAUGUGUCCCAGCUACUUGUGCAGAUUAAGUUUAACUCACAUGUCUACAAAUUAGAGGAGAAGUUUAUACAGAUAGAACUCUAUGUACUUGGGAUGCUACUAAAUCUGCAUGUGCAGAUGCUACAACUGGAUUGACUUAGUCCUAAUGUAUAUCAUACACUGGUGGAACUUACUCUUGGAACUCUGAAAGUUCCUUAUGCGAAGAAUGUUCAUCAAGCUAUGGAAAUUUGGUAAUUGCAUCAAUGGUAUUGAUAAACCUGUUUUUAUGA